AUGCUGAGUUUCUUCUUAACCAUGUCUGGCAGAGGCAAAGGCGGGAAGGGGCUCGGCAAAGGAGGCGCCAAGCGCCACCGCAAAGUGCUGCGCGAUAACAUUCAGGGCAUUACCAAGCCGGCUAUCCGCCGCCUGGCUCGGCGCGGCGGCGUCAAGCGUAUUUCUGGUCUCAUCUAUGAGGAAACACGGGGUGUGCUGAAGGUCUUCUUGGAGAACGUGAUUCGCGAUGCCGUCACUUACACCGAACACGCGAAGAGAAAGACCGUGACUGCUAUGGACGUGGUCUACGCUCUCAAGCGCCAGGGACGCACUCUCUACGGUUUCGGUGGCUAAACUCGGAUUGCUACG